UCGUCGUCUGGAAUCAAAGUUCUGCAUGUUAAUAUUUAAACAUUAUGGAUGCGUUCAACUGUGAUCACUGCUCAACCUAGGGAGUAGGGACGUACAUGGAAUUACCUGUACAUGUACAUAAUAAUUUUACAAUAUGAUUGAGCCAGAAAUUCUGACAGAGGUUCCAUCGAAUCUUAAACGAUUGAUCCGAUUGGUGGUUCGUGGAUUUUAUAGUCUAGAACACGCAAUGAUUAUCGAUCUCCUAGUACGCAAUCCUUGCAUGAAAGAAGAUGACAUCGUUGAAAUACUUCGAUUCGAAAGGAAGCAGCUUCGAGCUCUCAUAAACACGCUCAAAACAGAAAAAUUUGUGAAGACUCGUUUAAAAAUGGAAACUGACGCAGAGAACAAAUCCACCCGACAGACUUAUUAUUUCAUCAAUUAUCAAGUGUUCGUCAACAUUGUCAAGUACAAGCUGGACCACAUACGCAGAAAGAUUGAAAUGGAGGAAAUGCACAACACUAGCAGAGCAUCUUUCAGGUGUCCGACAUGCGAGAAAACUUUCACAGACCUGGAGGUUAAUGAGUUGUUUGAUAUGAUGAGUGGGACGUUUCGAUGUACGUUUUGUAAUAACGAAGUGGAGGAAGAUGCAGAUGCUUCGUCGGUCCAGGACUCGCGAACUUUGCUAGCCAAAUUCAACGAGCAGAUACAACCGGUCUACGACUUGCUACAGAAGUGUGAUGACAUCAAACUGGCACCAGAACUUUUAGAGCCAGAACCAACUGACCUCAGCAAAAUUCACAACAGAUCACAUACCUCUAAGUCAUCCAAUAUGGAGAGGGAUGUUUGGAGUGGUGACAAGAACAGAACCACCAACUACAACUUAGGGUCAGACUCCACGGUCACCAUUAGUAUGGGUGCGGAGAAUGAUGGAAAGAAACAGGAGGCUGCCAAAGAAGUGCCUGUCUGGAUGUCACAGAGUACGGUGGAAGGGGGUCAGGAGGAUAGCAGGAGCUCCUAUGUCAAUGAAGACUCACGGCCCACUCAUAUGGAGGCAGCUAAUCGUACAGCAGUCAGUAAUGAAAUAGAAACUCUCCUGAUUAUACAUGAGAAGAAAGGAGGUGCGCCCACUGGGCCAAUCCCAGGACAGAGGAAUGAGAGUUCCAGCAGUGAUUCAGAGGACGAAACGCCAAAAUAUUCCGCUCCUUCACAAAAUACUGUUGAAGAAAUGGAGAGUGAGGAAGAGGAGACCAUGGUAUCAGUUGCCGGAAAGAUGGUUCCACUCAACGAAGUCACGGACGAGAUGGUGUCCAAAAUGUCUCCCGAGGAGAAAGAGGACUACAUCAGACUGGGACAAGAGUUGUAUCAAAAUAUGUAUGAAUAAAUGUAUCCAUAAUUUUUGUA